GUGCUUUCUGAAUGUGUGCUUUGCAUAUACCUCAAGAUAUGAAAUUGCAAAUGCAGUGAAGGAAAUGGCAUGGGGAGUAGAGCAGGGCCUGAUAAAAUCCAGUGAUGUGUCUGAGGUGCUCCUCAGUGAGUGUCUCUAUAGCAGUAAUUCUCCAAACCCUGAUCUGCUCAUCCGUACGUCUGGAGAAGUGCGUCUUAGUGAUUUCCUACUGUGGCAGACCUCAUAUUCCUGUCUAGUGUUCCAGUCGGUCCUGUGGCCGGAAUAUUCAUUCUGGAAUCUAUGUGAAGCUGUUUUACAGUACCAGCUGAGUUAUCCAUCUCUCCAG